AUGGUCAAGCGACGUCGCAAGACUUCCAAUCUGCUCGACGUCGAGUCCACAGUUGAAGGUGCAGCAACAACAGCAGCGAACUCAGAUUACGCACAGAGAAACGCAGGCUCAAGCAGCGCUCUAAGCCUCGCCUCCUCUCGUCUUGCUAACACCACCUCUAGUGCCCAGGACGCUGACUCCGCUAGGCAGUCCGAUCAAAGUGCUUCACAAGGUAAUAGCGGCAGGUUGAGGAGAUUCACGAGUCGAGUGAGCUCCGUCUUCUCCAAGUUUGGCUCGCCACGCAAAAGGCAGCGUGUAGAUUCGCUUCCUGAAGGUCGAGAGGAAUACAGCGGCGACGACGUCAACCGCUUGGCAGCAGCUUCACGCACAAGUCCCAAAAGGAUUUUGGAAAUGCGAUCAGUCGCGCCAUCCCUCGCGACACUGGGCGGCGCGUCUCCUUCCGGCUCUCAAACCCUACCUCGUCCUGCUUUACGACCUGCCCCUAGCGUUCGAGAAAUAGCAAAGCUGUUCAAGGACGACGAAGCAAUAGCGGCAGAAGAGAAGAGCGUGCAUUUUCCUUCUGGACUGGCAAGCAAUGAACAGAGCGCAGGUAAUUCACCCACCACGAGCAGGGAGGAAGAGGGAGAAUUGAGCUACAUCGAUGAGCAGGAGAUCGACGAGGUGGAGAGGUCUUUGAUCGGAAAUGCACCUGAAGAGGAAGAGGAGAGCGAAUCAGGGUCGGAAGAUGUCGAGCUGGAUAGGCAUCGAGAAGCGGAUGAUGAUGGAUCAGGUGACGAUGAGCCGCUUGGCGAUGGAACUAGCGAGCCUGAAGGCUCUGAGGCUCACCAUGCGGGAGAGGAGGGAGCGGACCGGGAUGCACGAGACGACGACCCUGCCACAGAUGAUGAUGGUGAUGUAGCUACGCAUCAAGAACAGCUUGAGGGAGGGCUGCUUACACAGGAGGAAGUUCCAUCGAUCGAGGACCCAGCUACACUCGCCAAUGGUCACCGCGAACCAUCGUUGGAUGUGGUCCACGCUCACCCGCUGAAUCAGAAAGACAACGAGGAGCUGCCAGACGGUGAACAGGCGGACUUGGCGGCAGGAGAGACGGGGUCCGCUCAGACGUUGGGGGAACACGUGCUUGAAGCGCCGGGUGAAAUCAUGGAGGCAAACGCCGCAAAAGAGGCCAUCGCUUCCACUUCAUCUCGUCCAAGCAUCCUCACACAGGACGCUCCAACGCCUCUCGCAAGCCAGGCAGCGAACGAAUCGACCUCGGAAUCGCCUUUGCGCGCGGCUUCAGACUCUUUGUCCAUGCCGGUGCCUGCCAAGCUGGUCAGCGCCUUGUCUCCGCACACUCGAAGUCCCCGCUUCAACAAGAUGCGUUCACGCGUACCGCAGAGAUCCGGCAGUGCGCUUGCGAGUGCUGCACAUGCCGAGUCAGGUCCUGCUUCUGUGACGCUAACUUCGGGCGAUGCGUCGGUCAGUGGCGACACCACAGCUGUCUCUGCCACGAAAUCGGGCGCGCAAGCCGAGAUUGCUACCGAGUCGAGCGGAGAUGUCAAUGGUGCUUUGAGCGACAGUAGCGAAGAUCAAGAUCGAUUAGCGACCACCGGUAGCAAGUCGCCUCUCUACCCGGACCUCUCGACCCAGAGUAAUGGACAUCUCGAAGCGCACGCAAACGGUCGUGAGGCUGUCGGAACGAGCAGCGCGUUGUAUCCGGACCUCUCCGCGGAUAUCAGUGACCGUGUGCGUCCAGUCGAGCACGAGGUCGAGGGCGAGGCGGAACCUUCACCUCACGAGCGUGGGCCUUCGACACAUCAAAUUGGGGCAGCCGGCACAGGUUCGAGAGAGGAUGAAGAGGAAGGCGAGGAAGACGAGGAAGAGGACGAAAGUAUUCUGAUACCGCGACUAUCCUCGACGACGCCCAUAGCGCAACGUGUGCGUCGCACGGGCUCUCUCCGCAGCCUUUCCGAGUCCGCUUCACAGACGUUGGCUAAUUGGGCUGGUAGAGCAUCGCAGGUCGCCUCCGAAGCGAUUGCAGAUGCGGUGGACGCUGCGGGCGUGCCCGUCGCUGAAGGAGAGGAGUCUGUAAUCUUGCAUGCUAGGCAGAAUGGCAAAGGCGAUGUGGAGGAGAAUGAGCUUCCUUCUUCUGACCUUCUCACCGGACCUGCCUUCGAUGACACUGACACGGGACGACAAAUCUUGAAAAGCGCUGAGCAGCACCGAGCAGGCGCGAGCUCAUCUGCGGAGUCCCGAUCUGAGAACGAGGUUGAACAGCCUCGGAGCGAAGAUCACCAAAGCUCACCGAGCGGGCAUUCCGAUCAAGAAAACCGUUUCGACCCAGCGCUGCUGCUUAGCAACACAACAGCACCAGCAGGAGGGGCGAUCGACUUGACUGGAGAUACUGGUGACGAGGUCGACCUUCGUCUGCCUCUGGUCAGGCCAGGACUGCCGCGCAAAGCUUCCUUGAUCCCUCGACCAGCUUUGACCGAGAUACCUCCUCCCCUUUCGCAUCCACGAGCACCGCGAAAAUCAGCGGGACACAUUCCCCAAGGCCCACCAGCUCGUCUCCAUUCAUCAGGGGCGCACUCCAUGGGCAGAAGCCCUUCUGUUCUCUCCGACGCUCGCGAGAGCAGUCUGGUCCCAUCGGGAUCUGCCAUUGCAUCGAUCCAGCGAUUGGGCGGCACAUCGCUGAGACCGAGUCCUAGUCCCCUUGCCUCUUCCAUCCGAGGUUCGCGCAUCCCUCGGAGGGUAGGCGGCUAUAAGAGUCGGAAAAAGGAUCCAAUUGGGAUGAAGGAGCAUCUCGUCUUGCAAGCCGAACGCAAUCGACAAUUGCGUCGGAGGCACAUCAAGCGUCUCACUGAUCAGAUUCAGCGCAAGACGAACUAUACUCAGGAACAGGUGCAAGAGCGUCUGGACUACCAGUUCAGAACGGACCAUGCUGCCGAUGUCGAGAAGGUGAGAUGCGUCGCGCAAAUCUUGGAGCAUGCUUGUCACGCAACGCUGACGAGUCCGCGUGCUCUCCUCUUUGCGCAGCGUGGUCGCGCUUUUGCUGAGGCUGUGCCUCCAGAGGAGCGCGUUUUGAGAUUGCUGCAGGCGGACUUGGAUCGAUUGACGCGAGCACAGCGUUCCAAGUUGCAGCCUUCACGCUCAGAGCAGAAGACGCUGAAUCGUUUAGUGUUGGAGGAGAAGUUGCGUGAGAAGCGUCUGCGCGGAAUUCUCGGGAGACAGCCUGUGAGUCUCGCUCCUACAGAUUGCGCCGCAUGAUCAACGUUCUGUGUGUCGCUUACGCAAAGCUCCGCUUUAGAUGCCUGAUCGCCUGGAUGAGGAACAAGAGCGAGAAGUCCGGCACAUUCUCGCUGAUUCGACUUUUGAGAAACAAAUUUCUGGCGCAAUAGUCAACAAUCGGAACCUGCAGCGGCUCAAACCGGGCCAAUGGCUAGAUGACGAAUCCAUCAACUUUUACGCCGUGCUCAUCAACAACCGCUCAAACGAUAUGCGAGAAUUGCGAGCGGCUGGUCGUGCAGCUCAGAAGAACCUCGCACUCGAAGGGUCUCGGGCUGAUUUGGGAACCCGAAAAGCGCUCGAAGGGGAGAGAAAGCGCGCGAAAAAAGCGCAGGGAUACUGGGAUGUGCACGCCUUUCAGACGCACAUGUUUGUGAAGAUUCAAAGAGAAGGUCAUGCGGGUGUCAAGCGAUGGACCAAGAAGGUGAGCGCUUGCUAUGGGUUGAUAUCCACGAUCAGAACAUGGGCUGACUUGCAGCAAUUAUGGCAGGUCGACGUGUUCUCCAAGGAUCGAAUCAUCUUUCCAGUCAAUCGGAGCAACAGUCAUUGGGUCACGGCUGCGAUCAAUUUGCGUCAGCGGCGCUUCGAAUUUUACGAUUCAAUGACUGGGGGAUGGGCACACGAUGCUGCGCACGCACUGAUGGCAUGGCUGGAAGCCGAAUGGCUCGCCAAAAAAGCGUCUUCUUUCGAUGGCAGAACGUUGGACACCAGCGGAUGGUACGUGUACGACUGCCCCACCAACCCUCAGCAGGAAAACGGCUCGGAUUGCGGCGUCUUUACGGUUCUCAUGAUGGAGCAUCUUUCCAGAAGGGAUCCAUGGCUGCCCUUUCCAGAUCCGCCGGCGCUCGACUUGGUGCAGAUGCUUGACGCUUCACAACAAGAGGCCGCAUUCGGUCGCGACGCGAGUCUGGAUGAAGAUUUGCGCGAAAUGGAGUGGAACUUUGCUCAGAGCAAUGUGCCUUACUACCGGAGACGCAUGAUCUGGGAACUCGGCAAUGCUACCUUGCUCGAAUGA